AUGAGAUUCCUCUGCCUGCCUGGUGCCUAUGGCAGUUCCGAUAAAUUCCAGGUGCAGUUGGCACCCAUCGUCAAGGAGCUGACUGAAGACGCCACCGCCACCUUCCACUUCAUCCACGGUCCUUGCAAGGCGAUUCCUCCAGACGGGUUUGAAGAGUACUUUGGGAAGCCGCCCUAUUAUCGCUUCAUCGAGCCGGACGAGGAUGUGGAGAAGACAGAGCGGGACGACGUGCUGGCGCGGAUUCGAGACUUUCCCGACUGCGAGACGCCCGAGGACACGAUGCGCGAGCUGAUGCGAGAAGGGAUUGCGCCGUCGCACCGCAGCACGGCCAACGCGCUCAAGUACCUGACCAAGAUCAUGCAGGAACGGGGCCCGUUUGAGGGCAUCAUUGGCUACUCGGAGGGCGCAACGGUGGCUGCCACGCUCCUCCUUCAUGAACAGCGCCGGUUCAAGAAGAAGGGCAUUAAGCCCAUGUUCAAGUACGCCAUCUUUUUCGCUGGCUGGCCGCCGGUAGACCCGGACACGUACGCCAUGGUCCUGAGUGAUGAGUCGGAUACCAUGAUUGAGAUUCCCACGUGCCACAUUAUUGGCUCACUGGACCCGUACGUUCAUGGUUCGCUGGCGCUCUACAACAUUUGCGACCCCGACACGGCCUACCUCUUUGACCAUGCCAAGGGCCAUACGCUGCCACGGGACAAGGACACAGUGAAGGAGCUCGGAGAUGUGGUCCGGGAAGCUAUCAAGACGUACGAUAUACGCCCAUAA